CGGGCGCUGUCACGUGCCGGAGCCCCGCUCGCCGCUGCGGAGCCGGAGGAGCUGGACGGGGCCACGGAGCCGGGACGGGGCCGGGGGGCUGCGCCGGGGCCGGCGGCGAGCGGGGUGAAUUGCAGAAAGUGAUUCCCAGAGCAUCUUGGCUGUAUGAACUCUUGAGCUGUCAAGGGACUGAGAGGCUUAUGAAGAGGUUCUGUCAGGCAAAACAGUGCUUAGCAAAGACACCAAGGAGGAGGGAAAAGGAGAAAGGGAGGGAGAGAGAGCUGAAACACUAACAAACCAUGAGAUCUAUCCGAUCUUUUGCUAAUGAUGACCGCCAUGUAAUGGUGAAACAUUCAACCAUUUAUCCAUCUCCAGAGGAACUUGAAGCUGUCCAGAACAUGGUAUCAACAGUAGAAUGUGCCCUUAAACAUGUCUCUGACUGGAUGGAUGAAAAGAACAAGUCUACAAAAUGUGAGGCUGAUAUGGAAGCAAAAGAGGAAGCUGUGGAAAGCAAUGCCAAGGAUCAAGGUGGUCGGACGUUGUGUGGUGUUAUGAGAAUUGGCUUGGUUGCAAAGGGCUUGCUGAUAAAAGAUGAUAUGGAUCUGGAGCUGGUUCUCAUGUGCAAAGAAAAACCCACAAAGACCCUGUUAUGUAUAGUUAAAGACAAUCUCCCAGCUCAAAUUCAGAAACUUACAGAAGAGAAGUAUCUCGUGGAGGAGCAUGUAAAUGAGGCAGCUAUUAUUAUUCGUAACACAAAGGAGCCCAAGCUAACUUUGAAGGUGAUACUUACAUCCCCUCUCAUUCGAGAUGAAGCAGAGAAGAAGGAAGGAGUAGAUAAUGUUGCGAUGAAAGAUCCUCCGGACUUAUUGGACAGGCAGAAAUGCCUGGAGGCCUUGGCGUCUCUGCGGCACGCCAAAUGGUUUCAGGCCAGGGCAAAUGGACUAAAAUCAUGUGUAAUUGUCCUUCGUAUUCUGCGGGAUUUGUGCAACAGAGUCCCCACAUGGGCACCACUGAAAGGAUGGCCACUCGAGCUUAUAUGUGAAAAAUCUAUAGGUACUUGUAAUAGACCUUUGGGCGCUGGGGAAGCAUUGCGACGAGUGAUGGAGUGUUUGGCAUCUGGAAUUCUGCUUCCCGGAGGCCCUGGUCUGCAUGACCCCUGUGAACGGGAGCCAACAGAUGCUUUGUCUUAUAUGACAGUUCAGCAAAAAGAAGCCAUUACGCACAGUGCUCAGCAUGCCCUCAGAUUAUCAGCCUUUGGUCAGAUCUAUAAGGUUUUGGAAAUGGAUCCCCUCCCAUCAAAUAAGUCAUUUCAGAAAUAUUCCUGGUCAGUAACUGACAAAGAAGCAAAUCCAUAUUACAAGGAAAUUUAUACCCUAGGUACAGGCUCAUCUGCUCUUAAGAGACCAUUUGAAGAUAGUGUUGGGGACGAUAAAGAUCCAAAUAAAAAGAUGAAGCGUAAUCUGAGGAAAAUACUGGAUAGUAAAGCAAUAGAUCUCAUGAAUGCUCUGAUGAGGCUGAACCAAAUCAGGCCAGGGCUUCAGUAUAAGCUGCUGUCACAGUCUGGUCCAGUCCAUGCCCCAGUCUUCACAAUGUCUGUAGAUGUUGAUGGUACGACAUAUGAAGCAUCAGGACCUUCUAAGAAAACAGCCAAGCUCCAUGUGGCAGUGAAGGUUUUACAAGCAAUGGGGUAUCCAACUGGUUUUGAUGCAGAUGUGGAGUGUAUGAGUUCUGAUGAAAAAUCAGAUACUGAAGGUAAAAAUGAAACGACGUCUUCAAUCUCAAGCAAUAAUACUGGAAAUUCCACAGCUGACACCUCCGCUACCCUAGAGGUAAGAACUCAGGGUCCUAUACUCACAGCAAGUGGCAAAAACCCGGUGAUGGAGCUCAAUGAAAAAAGAAGAGGUCUGAAGUAUGAGCUCAUCUCAGAGACUGGUGGAAGCCAUGACAAGCGCUUUGUGAUGGAGGUAGAAGUAGAUGGGCAGAAGUUCAGAGGUGCAGGCCCAAAUAAGAAAGUAGCAAAAGCAAGUGCUGCAUUAGCAGCACUUGAAAAACUGUUUUCUGGGCCUAAUGCAGCAAACAACAAGAAAAAGAAGAUUCUUCCUCAGACUAAAGGGGUUGUCAAUACAGCUGUUUCUGCAGCGGUCCAGGCUGUUCGAGGCAGAGGACGAGGUGCUUUAACACGAGGGGCAUUUGUUGGGGCAGCUGCUGCUACUGGAUACAUAACACCAGGCUAUGGAGCACCGUAUGGGUACAGUACCGCUGCACCAGCUUACGCCAUAUGCACUUGUAUAAAAUAAGCAGAAAUGUAGUGACUGUAAGCUGAGAUCGUGAUAUAAAAGCCUCUACAGGGGCCAGCAACUGGUGCUUAACUGCUGCUUCCACUCCAGAAUGUCACCCGUCCUCCAGCUGUCCCAGAGCCAUGCUGGGACACUUGCACUUCUAAGAGAGCAACACUGCUGUGGGGGGACUGUCAAAAGCACUGAAAUACUACAGCAGAGCAAGUCCCAGUGGGCUGUAUGUACGCUUUUUAAGUCCUGUCCAGUUCUUGGUGACAAAGUUGAGCAUGAAACCUGUACUGCCAAAUGUACCAGCCCCUUAAUGAAAAGGACAUCUAUGGGAAGCAGUCUCGGAAGUGGAGAUCUUGAGGAAAGGCUGGUGUUUUCCAAGUCCAACAUGUAAGUUUUUUUUUUUUUAAAUGGUUGAGUUUCCACCCACCAAAAAAUCACCAUCAGUCAAAUCAAUUAAAACAAUUGCUGCUAAUUUGGGCUAAAACAUCCCCCUUGUAUAACCCAAACUACCACCACCCAUCCAUCUAAAGAAUUCUUAAGCAAAGCACACUCAGGAGGCAGAGCCCUGCUAAGAGUCUGCACACUAGAAGGCAGACAGGAAAUCUGGCAGUGCAGUAUAAUGUGACUUUUCUGAUGACAAUUACUUCUACAAGAUAAGGAAAAGACAGAGGCAGUGCUUUGGGGCAGCGUUUCAUGCUCAGCAAGUUUGUAGAGGGAAAGAAUGCAAUUCUAUAAAUCACUUGUACUGUACUUCUGUUUCUAGACUUGAAUGAAUUUCACUUUUCCUUUGUGGGUCAGCAUAGUAAACAUUAAAGAAAAGGUCUAUUUUUCUAAAUCUCUUUCACCAAUAGAGGUCUGACCUGCAGCCAACAGAUGGAAUUAUUUAUCCACAGAGGACAGAGUGUUUAUUUUUACACUAAGAUUGGAUAUGGCAUUGAUUAAAAAGAAGUAUGACCUUUGAACUAUCUAAACCUUAAAUACUAUGAACAAAUUCCACAAAUGAGUAAUAUGGUGGACAAUUCCAUCUUUCUUCCCAAUAAAUCUCUCUCUCAAAAGAAGUUACCCCAAAUUAAACUUCCAAAUGAAGUACAAGAGAUCCUUGUGGUCUAAUUACAGACUACUUUCAAAAUAUUUAAGAUUUCUCCCAAUUUGUAAUCUGUAGAGAACAAUGAUGAUUAAACUACUCCUGACUAUACUGUAAAUAAAGCAACUUCAAAUAAAGUCAGUCAGCAACAACCUUAGCUAUUUUUAGCAUUAAAAAUGUAAUCUGAACAUUCAAAUUGUCUUAAUUUGGUAGCAAUUGAGUGGGAAGAAAAAUAACUGCACACUGGGUUUUAAAUUGAACUGUACCUACUCACUAGCCAAAAAAGCCUGCAAAUGUAAAGUAAAUGGAAUGCUCUUUGUACAUUAAGUUGCUUCCUCACGUGAUACUGUACCCUGUACACUUGGCUUCAUUUGGCUUCUGUGUUGUGGUUUGUACGCCAGCCACUGUUACUGACUGUACACAACACUUGGAUCUGCACUGUUAUCUUGGUUCAUUUGCCACUGAUUGUAACCCAAUGCUACAGACUUCUCUGUAUAUAAAAUCGUAACCAUGUCCCAUUUGCUUCCAAUAGCAUACAAUAAAGGCUUAUCUCUGUAAACAGGAA